CCGAAUCGCGCUGCCUGCUUCAUUGUUCCCGGAAAGGCCGCAGCCAAGUCACAAGAGAAGUGUACGUGUUCAAGCUACACACCAUGGCCGAGCCGAGCGACACGACUUUAACUUUCUUCACCAAGGCGACGCCGAGUCAGUGGAGUUAUGUGCUGUCAAUGUACAAAGAAGUCCUCAAACAGAAAGCCGCAUUGCGCACCAAAAAGGGAGGCCCCGAGGAACUCAUCAAGCUCGACGCCUGGUACCAGGAGCAGCUUCCCAAGACCAUACAGGCACGCAAAGACAAGCAUUUGGUCCAUGAAGAGCUUGUUAAAAUAAUGAAAUGGAAACUAAUGAGGGGCAAGUAUCGGCCGCAACUAUUAGACCUGGUGCGCAUCAACACAGAGCUGGCUGUGAAGUCGACGAGCAAGAAAGCGUUCCGCAAGCUGCCCAACCUGUCGGGUGCAAUCACAGCGCUGACCAACUUGAAGGGCAUCGGGCCGGCCACGGCAUCGGCCAUCCUUGCAGCGGCCUUCCCCGAGCAGGCACCCUACAUGGCUGACGAGAGCAUGCUGAGCACGCCAGGCGUUGAGGCCACAGAUUACACCCUGGCCGAGUACCUCAACUACGCCGAGCGCAUCAAGACCUGCACAGAGCAGCUUGCACAGAAAGACCCCAACGGCACGUGGACACCGCACAAGGUAGAGCUGGUUCUCUGGGCACACUACGUCGCUCGGGAGCUGAAGCCGUCUCUCCUAGAUGACCUUUCCAAGUACAAGGAGUCCGUGCCAUCCGCCAACGGCAAUGGACCCUCCGCCACCACCACAUCAAGCGAUGCGGCGGAGGACCACCACGACGUUGCUUCCAAUGGCGCAGCCGAGGACGCACCCUUGUCAUCGCCGUCCGACUCCCGGUCCAGCGCGGACCUGGCCCAGGUGACAAACGACGAGAGCUCCAGCCAGGACGGACCAGCCGAAAACAACGGGGCAGUGUCGACGGUGGAAGCUGGCGAGUCGGCCGAAGACGACAGUUCUUCGUCAGCCAUCAUCGCCGCAGACGACGCGGUCGUGCCAGAUGUGACAGCGGGGAAAGGAACCAAGCGGGACCUCGAAGACGAGGAGUCUGCCGAAAACGACAAGAAAAAGGCGCGGGCGUGAAACUUUGUCGUCGUGCCCCACACCGUCCCACCCACCCCUCCUCGCCGCUGACACCACCUUUCGAUGAAAAGAGAGAGGACUUGUUUAUUUCUCACCUCCCAUGUUUCCCUGUCCUCAUAUCAAUAUUUUUUUUUUUUUCAUUUUGUUGUUCGUUUUCUCUUUCUGCCUUUUUCAUCUUUGUUUCUCUGUUAAACUGACCUGUAAUGUCAUUGCAUGACAGUCCAUUUCUACUGACUUGUUCUUCUGUAUUUUCCAUUUAAUUUUCUCAUUACUACUUCAACCUUUUUUUUUUCCCUCCCUUUUUCAUUUAGGAAAGAAGGUCACUUUUCAUUUAACCUUCAUUCCUUUGCCCUGUAUGUACCUUCUCUUUUUUUUCCCCCAUCACCACUUUUAGAACUUGUCAUCCUGACCUCGGCAUGUGAAUUGCCACAACAGGCAUCGAGAUGCUACGGCGUCUGUUUUCUGUCGCCGAGAUGUCAACACCCUAGGGACCUUUAGUCCUCCGGCCAGGUGCUCUUUCUUGUUCAGAACUGUCGAGCACUGUGCUGGUGGCUUUUUUUUUUUUUUCUUUGUUGCAUGUCACUACCAUCUUUAAGAGUUGGUCAAUAUAAAGAAAAUGAAUUUGGUAAACCAGCAACCACCCUUGACUCUGUUAUCACUACCUCUGGUGACAUCGUCUGCAGACUUUCAGGACACGUCUGUUGGAACAUGCGCACUUUCUUACAAUGCCCAGUAAAGAGAAAUGGCGAUGCUGACUCCUGAUUUUUAAGAGUGGCUCGUAGCAUGAGAGUGCUGGGAUAUCCGUAGGCAUGAGGCAAAUUUUUGGUGCAUCUUAUACCUUCGUUCAGUUCUUGAACGUUCUGUCUUGGCUUGCACGUUUUGUCGCAAGCCAUUUGUCAGACUGCUGCCGUCCGGCCAAUGACUUGAACACAAAUGAAAUGUAUACAAGAUUUGUUCCAUGUUUAGAAUGUAUUGCAGUGCUUGCUAGGAAAAUCUGGCACUGCUGUUACAGAACUUCCUUUUCUUAAGGUAUCGUUGCAUUAAGAAAAGGAUGGCAUGUGGGGGGUUAUACUAGUAUACUUUUGGGGUGUUGUUUGGUUAGAAAACCAAAUGCUUUGUCAGUAACGAACUUUCCUAAGCUGUAAUUCUGCGUACUACUUGUAUGCUUGCUCACCUGUGAUACGAGUGAAUAAGGAAAAUAAAAAUUUUGCAAUUGGCACACUCCUUUCCGUUAAAAUCGUACUUCAGAUUUGUCAUCUGAGGUAGCUCGCACAAUGCUCUGCAGAAGUGCAGCUGGUCUUCAUCGUGCUGCCACCGCCAGCAGCUGGUCAGCGUCAAUGGACCUUGGCCGGGUUUUAUCACUUUACUGCCUAGUGCUUUACAUGAAGACCAGCUGAUAUUCCUAUUGAGAACUGGAAAUGGGAAGAAGCUGUGGCUUGAAGCCAUUUUGACUAGAUACAUCCCCUUUUUUUGAUGGUUUGUUCAUGUGGGGCUUCUCUUGCAGAACCACUGUUAAGCACUGUAGAACUCUUGGGACCUCCAGACUCCAUUAAAAUUAAUGCUUAUUGACUGCAUUUGAAAGAUUCCUUCAUCUCCCAGUUUUCAAUUCUGUGCAUCCAAAUCCAAAUGCCUCAUUUUUUUCUCUGGGACAGUUUGCAGAAGUCGUGCUGUUUUUUUCUUUGUUACUUUACCGAGAAGGCAGUUGAAAUUUUGUUGCAAUGCUCUAAAAACAAUGUUCUAAGAAUCCUAUGGCAAUAUUUUUUUAUGCAUUCCUAAAUUUUCUUGCAGAUGUAGCCACUAUCUGGUGAGCAAUGCUAGCUGCUGGUGAGAGGAAGCAACCCAACAAUCUUUCGUGUGCAAUGACAGCUCAAUGUGAUGGUCACUUGGUAGCUGUUCAAGUUCUUGAUGUACGAGAAGAGCCCUGGCACUUCUUUCUAUUUUAUUUGCCACUGCAAACUAAAGUCGCGCAUACAAAUUGCAUGGCAAACUGGCAGUGAAUUGAGUAUAGUUGAUGCUGCUUUUUAGCACUCUCAUUACAGAAUAUUGUGAAGGCUUUGCUGUCAGGUCAAGCUAGGUUCCCCUUGUUCGCGUGGGAGCAUCAACUGAUGCUCCUGCUAGUGGUUACUUUUUCCCUUCAGAAAUGGCCAGCAAUUUUGGCACCAGUUCUUCAGCUGGGCAUAGUGUAGCUUGCGUUGAGGCAUCUGGAAAGACAUGCCUCCUGAAAAAAAAUUUGCACAGUGGUAUUGUACUUAAUGCUUCAGCUUGCGAUGAAAUGCCGCAGGCUAAGCUUUCAAUUCUAAGGUCCCUGGGCCAUUGACGUCUUCGGCUGUCGAAGAUGCAGUGGCGGUGCGUGGAAGCCUGGUCACACAACGCCUUUCGCUUAUAAUCCGGACCACUGCGUCUAUCUUGUGCCAGCACAUGAAGGGUGAUCCGGCACACUGGUUUCCUGUUACCUGUGGUAUCCACCCCCAAUCGCACACACAGACAUUAAUAUCCUGUGUUUCCCUAUUACGAUGAAUUUGUGGGAGAGUGUUGUCUUGCCUUAGGGCCUUAGUGUUGUUGAAAUGGACGCUUUUUGCAAACUGGCAGGGAAUGAAUUGUCCGCGUCAUUUUCUUUUUUUUAUCUUCCCUAAACGUUAAUUUUAUAGCUACCAUUUUUUACACACUUCCGACUUUUCUUUUGACACCUCUAUCUCCUUCUAAUUACACCAAUGUAUUGAUUGCGUUCAUCAUGUUGGAGUGAUUUUUUGCUCACUUUUUACAAUAAAUUAAAAGCAGAAAAGAA